UGCCUUUUGAUGCCACUGGUACAAUGAAAAAUACUUUUAAAAAUUUUGGUUCAAAUAAAGAUUCAUAUUUAAAAACUAUUAUUGGUAAAUUACCAAAUUUGGUGAAUGGAAAUAUUGAUGUAUUCACGCCUUCAACUUAUUGGCUUGCAGCACCUAUUUAUAUGCCCAUCGAAUUAGAUAAAUUUGGUAGUGUAGAUGUUAUGAACUUUGCACAACCUACCCUUAAUGCAGCUGUGGCAAGCACCAUCCUCAAUCAUUAUGGCUUUACCUAUUGUAACCACGUAGAUCAAAAUCUCUGUGGUAAAUGUUGCUCGGCAGAAGGAGUUUAUACUGCUUGCACAGUUAUUGGUCGAUGGGACUGUAGUCGGUUAAUACAUAACAACAAUUGUGUAUUCGGGG